UUUUACUUUGAAAGUCUUCCCAGGAAGUGGGCACAGUGUGGAACCCUAAUUUCAGCCGAUCAGAGACUUCAGCUGAGCAGUGGUUGUUGUGGUCGUAGUGGUUGUAGUGGUCGUACUGGUUGUAGUGGUCGUAGUGGUUACAGGUGGAUCAGUUAUGGCCAAAUGGGGGGAAGGAGAUCCUCGUUGGAUCGUUGAAGAGAGAGCAGACGCCACCAACGUCAACAACUGGCACUGGACGGAGCGUGAUGUCUCCGGCUGGUCGUCCCAGCGUCUGGGUCAGCUGCUGCUCGGGGUCAAGGUUCAGGGGUCAGAGGGCGUCUGUCAGCUGACCAGCAUCGACCAAUUGGACGGAGAAGCUUCCAUCAACAACCGCAAAGGGAAACUGAUCUUCUUCUACGAGUGGCAGCUGAGAGCCAGCUGGCUGGGUACGUCCAGCAGUGGAGUGAAGACCAGAGGAACCGUCUCCGUGUCCAACCUGUCGGACGAGAACGAGGAGGACGACCUGGACAUUUCCGUGUCACUGUGCAAAGAUCAACCCGACACGCGACUCAUCGACCUCAUGAGGGCGACCGGGGUUCCAGAGGUGAGGAGGGUUCUAGGCCAGUACGUCCACCAGCUGAAAUCAGAGUUCAGUCAGGGGAUGAUCCUUCCCGCCGCCAACGGUCCGAGACCGCCUCAACCCGAGCUGAAGAACCAGAUCAAGACCAGUAAAACUCAGGUCAGCUCCACCUCCAUGUGUUCUUCUAGCUCCGCCCCCUGUCCAACAGGUCUACGUAUCCUGACGUCCAACUUUGACCUGAACGAAACCUUCCAAACUUCACCUGACGAGCUCUACAGGACCUUCAUCAACCAGGAGUUUGUACAGGUGUUCACGCGCUCAGCGGCCGUGGUCGAUGGACAUCAUGGCGGCAGGUUCCUGCUGUUGGACGGGAGCAUCAGUGGAGAGUUUACAAAGCUGGUUCCGGACCAGAGGAUCGAGAUGAGGUGGCGGUUCAGGACGUGGCCCAGUGAGCACUACGCCUCCAUCCGUCUGCAGCUGGACGAGCGAGGAGACGAGACUCAGCUCAGGAUGCAGUGCCGAGGAGUUCCUGCAGGGGAGGAGGACACCACCAAGGAGGGCUGGGCCAGAUUCUACUUCCAGGCCAUAAAACAGACGUUUGGAUAUUGAGCUCGUCUGAUUGGCUGAAAGGAUCUUCACGUGUCAGCAUGAUGGGCCAGGAUGACUCCUCCUGACCUCUGACCUUUGCCUAACGCUCGGAGAGUUAAAGUAACAGUCCAACGUUUAAUAAACUCUGUUCCAUCUGUGUGAGGCCGUUAGCUUAGCACAGAGACUGGAAUCAAAGAGAAACUAUUAGCUUACAAUAAAUGACAAGAGAACAAUCUCCAUGUUGGAAUGUUCCUUUAAAAUGUGACAGAGUGUGUGUGAGUGUGUGUGUGUGUGUGAGUGUGAGUGUGUGUGUGUUAUCAGUUAUCUUAAAGCUCAUGUGUAGCCACCAGUUCCUCCUGAAUCUCCAUGUUCCUGCAGGUUGAUGAAUAUCAAACAUUUGUUUCUUCUAUCAGAUUCACUUUAUUCUGAAGGAAUGUUGUUGUUUCAGUUUCAUUUCAUAUCUGUACAAUAAAAGACAAAGUUCAUUUAAAAAUAUACAAAACAACAACGAAUCAGACAAAGAAACAUGAAAAUCAUCAGUACAUAAAAGUGAAGGUUUGUUUUCCACAGUUUAAAAGAUUGGUCUUUAAAACACAUCAAACUGGACGAAGCAUCAGAGUUAAAUAACACACAUUAAAAACUAGUUUCAUUCAAACUGAUUUGUAACAUUGAUCCGUCAAGCUGCCUCUGCUCUCUGUCUUCUUCUCUCUUCAGUUUAUUGGUGGGUGGUAACCAACGUCAAGGUGCAUUACCGCCCCCUACAGGCUGCUCAGUGUCACAUCCACACACCAACCGGACGGAAGGUUCAAAGAACAAAGGUCCGUGUGAUGGAGCUAGAAAAGGUCCUCGUCCUCACAGCCGUAAUCUGCAAAACACAACCAAUCAAUCAGCCAAUCAACCAGCAAAUCAAUCGACCAGUCAAUCAAUCAACUAACCAAUCAACCAAUCAAUCAAUCAACAAAUCAAUCAAUCAAUCAACCAACAAAUCAAUCAACAAAUCAAUCAAUCAACCAACAAAUCAAUCAAUCAAUCAACCAACAAAUCAAUCAGUCAAUCAGUCAGUCAGUCAGUCAGUCAAUCAAUCUCAGAAGAGGGGGUUUGUCCUGACCUCCAACGAGCUUCAGAGCGCUGACACACUCCUCCUCCACCUCCUCUUCCUCCUCCACAGUGGGAGGGGCCUCUGUGGGGGUGGAGCCGGGCACGGGGUCAGGGGUCGAUUCAGCUGUCUCUGCUGCUGCUUGUGUCGUCAUGGUGACAGAGUGUUCUACCUGAGAGGUGAAACAUGUAGUUAAUAUGUAAGUGUGUGAAUGUGUGUGUAUAUGUAUGUGUA